AUGAUUAACAACACCGGCAGUUCGUUCGAAUCUAAGGUUCAAUCGUCAACAAGCUCAUCCACAACGACGUUCUCUGUCGAAAAUGUAGUUCAUUUGCCAAAUAAGCCACGCUUAUCGAUAGAUGCUACUGCACGAGCAACCAAUUCCAUUCGAUUAUCACCAGGAUUUUUAGAAGCCGUUGCUUCUGGAAGUAACGAUGAUGAAAUUUCUAAUCGAAUUCACGAAGCUACUCGUUGCUACAAUCAGUUUGGCGCUCAGUUCUUUGAAAGAUUCCGUGAAGAACUGAAUGGAACAUCAGCAGCUUAUGACAGAUUACGUACGAACUCAUUGCGACGACGACUCAGCAAGAUGGAUAGUGCCGACGAUUCUGGCAGAGCUACAACAUCAUCAGAUACUUCAUCUCUAUCUGAUCUGCAGUUAGAAGAAGAAUCUACUGGAGCCUUUUCCCCUUUUCGUUCACGUUUAUCCGCGUUCCCGUCAUCUCAAUCCUUAUUCGAAUCCCAUGAGUUCCCGAGUGUUACUUCCCGUCUGGAGCAAUUACAAAAAGAUUUCUUUGAAUAUCCACAUAAAGCGUUUUCCACUCUAUCUGGUUUCCAAACACCAACUACAGCUUUAGGAGCAGCUUUCCAAGAUUUGAAUAUGAAAAGUGCAUUCGCUCCGGUCUCUGGCAAGAUCCGCCAAAACCCCCCACGAGCUCCUGAAGAAGCAGUACCAACCACAUCCGCUUUACCGACUCGCAGUACAACAGGGUAUAGAAUAUCUGAUAUUCUACAAACGGAUCCUCCUUACCGUAGUUCCUCGAAUCCAACGAUGCCUUCAACAUCUUCAACCUUGGGCAAUUCGUUUGGCAAAGUUCAUCGAGUUCCAAUAAAACUUGUGACUUCUGACAUAUCAUCAACUGAAGGAGAAGGUUGUUCGUCAGACAAUCGCUCAGAAACUCGUCCUGAAGCGAAUUCUGAUUAUGAUAUGGAUAUUCCGACCUCACCAUUGGCCAAACAUGCUCGAAGAUCCUCAGCAUUCCCCUUGACUAUCAAUGUUGAAACACAGAGUGCAACAUCCGAUCUGCCAAGCUCUAUAUCAUCUUCUGUCAAUAGCUUUGUUUAUCAACCCAACUCAUUCAGUCAGGAAGCUUUGAACAAACAAUUGGAGGAAUUAGCGGCUGCCUCUUGUCUCUCUGUCAUGCCUGAUUCCAAUGGAGUUGUCGACCCGGAGAAAGUUAGAUUACAAAUUAACGCUGUGAGAAAUCAGAUGGCAGUUUUUGAAGAAAUGAUUGCGAACGCCAAAAACGAAUUGAACAUGGAACGGUCGGAAGCGGACAGCCAAGACUCUGCCCAUGUUGAAGACAUGUGCGAACCAUCACCUUCUUCAUCGCACACAGAUUCUGAAACAUCAUCUAAGGAUCGACGACUUCAUCAUUGCACCCAUCCACAAUGUGGAAAGAUGUAUACGAAGAGCAGUCAUCUGAAAGCUCAUUUUCGAACACAUACAGGUGAAAAGCCAUAUAACUGCUCUUGGCCAGGUUGUGAUUGGCGAUUCGCUCGGUCAGACGAAUUGACACGCCAUUACCGUAAACAUACUGGAGAUCGGCCGUUCAAAUGUCCCAAUUGCUCGAGGGCAUUCUCGCGGUCCGACCAUUUGAGCUUACACAUGAAACGUCAUUUUUAA